AUGGCCUCGCCGCGAAUCACCACUUUUCAAGGUAACCGCAACUUCCGUCUACUGAUAGUGCUCGCCACUCUCUCGGGGAAGCCUAUCAAAAUUGAAAAAAUCAGGUCUGAAGAUCUCAACCCCGGUCUGCGAGACCAUGAGGUCUCUUUUUUGCGUUUGAUGGAGGCCAUGACUAAUGGUAGCUCCAUCGAAAUUUCUUACACGGGUACCACAGUGAUAUAUAAGCCGGGUAUCAUUACUGGCGGCUCUUACACCCACCAGUGCCCACCGGGCAAACCGGUUGGAUACUUUGUAGAACCGAUGUUGUACCUCGCCCCAUUUUCGAAGAAGAAGUUUUCUGUUAUUUUUCGAGGUAUAACAGCCUCGCAUGACGACGCUGGAUUGGAGGCCAUCAAAUGGGGGUUGAUGCCCGUAAUGGAAAAAUUUGGGGUUCGGGAAUGUGCUCUGCACACGUUGAAACGAGGAUCUCCACCUCUUGGUGGUGGUGAAGUUCACUUGGUCGUUGAUUCUCUGAUUUCCCAGCCCAUUACAAUGCAUGCCUUAGAAACGCCACAAAUAUCAUCUAUCAGGGGAGUGGCUUAUUCUACUAGAGUUAGUCCCUCUAUGGUGAACCGAAUGAUAGAUGGCGCGAGAAAGGUUUUGAAAAGUGUUGGUUGCGAAGUUGACAUCACCGCGGAUGCGUGGAGAGGUGAAAACUCAGGGAAAAGCCCUGGUUGGGGUAUAACACUGGUGGCAGAAACAAAAAAGGGUUGGCGAUACUUUUCUGAAGGUAUCGGUGGUGCUGGCGAUGUACCAGAAGACUUAGGCGCCCAGAUAGCCUACGAACUGCUGGAAGAAAUUUCAAAUAGUGCGGUUGUCGGUAGGAACCAGUUAGCACUGGCAGUUGUUUACAUGGUAAUUGGCAAAGAGGAUAUUGGCAGGUUACGAAUUACCAAGUCUCAGAUUGAUGAAAAGUUCAUUUGCUUGCUGAGGCACAUCCAAGAAAUCUUUGGCACAGAAGUUUUUUUGAGACCGGUGGACGAUGAGGACAGCGACGAUUUGAUAGCAACGAUCAAAGGUAUUGGUUUUACGAACUCCAACAAGAAAAUGGCAUAA